GCAUAUUACACUUAUCAUAAUUCUGCACUGACUACUCAAAAAUUGCAUUAUUAUACGAAAAGGAGUGUGUGGUGCGAAGGAGAGUGAAAGUGUGUAGCAUAAUUGGGCUCAUCAUCAUCCAGGUGAAGGGAAUCAGCUUGAGCAGCUCGAAAUUCUUAUUCGUAUGCCACCAAGUAGAACAAGCGGGAUCAGGUUACUUUGUCUUUAUCCAUUCCAAAUUCUAUUAAUUGUGUCUAGUGCACACAAAAUUCACAAAAAUACCCAAUUUAUUUUAUAAAAGUACAACGAAAUUAUAAAGUAAUGAAGUGCGCAAAAACGUAUUAAGAGAUAUUUUAUUAGAAUUACGAAGGAGGAACUACCAACUAACGUUCUCCAUAAUUUCAAAUUAACAAGUACACUAGGCUGUAUAACUUUUUGAUUACAAAUUAAAUGGUGAGGAUAGAUAAAAGCGUAUCCCAAACUUAAAUUUUAUCCUCUUGGUGGGGUGGACGAUCUAUUUGGAAUGUCGUCAUUUCCGUCAAUCAGCUCCCAAGAGCCUCCCCCACUCGAUUCAACAUCGGAAGAGGAAGACAGCGAAGAAUUUCGAACUCCAGCAGGCCUGAAAUUAGACCUCUUGACCAGUGGUGAGCCUUCACCGUUAUCCACGCCGAGAAAAUCUCCAAAAAAGAACAGGACAGAGUCCUCUUUGGCAGAGAGGUUUGAAGAAAAUGGACAUAUAAUAGGAGAGGACGACCACGACCUGGUCUCCACCAAGAACAGUAUUUCGAAUGGCCAUGUCUACAGCAACGAGGGAUCUGCUAAUGAAAACGCAAGUGUCGAUGACGACGACGACUUUGAAGAUUGUCUAAACGAGGACGUGGUUAGUAUUACCGCUAGUAAAAUUGACCCGUCAUCAGCACCACACACGGACGGAGUAAUCACGAAAUCUGAACAAUUACAAAGUGCUGUGGGAGUUGGUGACAAUUUUGAAGAGGAGGAGGAGGAACGCAAUAGUAGUGGUAGUAGUAGCGACAUACCAUCGGCAGUUGAAGAACAUAUUGCAGAUAAAGCUGCUAGUGAUAACUCAAAGUGCAGUGAGAAGGACUCCAGCCGUGACGGAGACGUGUUUCAAGACUUUGCCGUAUCAGGUGCUGGUAUAUCACUAGAAGAGCACAUUGAGCCGAAAACAUUAUCACAACAAGAGGAGGAGGAUGGAGGAGGAUUUGACGAUUUUGCAGCAUUUCAAGCUUGUGACAAUAUGGAGUCCGCUUCAACUGUGGAGGAAGAUAGUGGUAUGUCGCCGUCUAUGAAAACUUCCUACAUUGGUUCCCACUCCCUUCAGGAAACAACAACGAUGACGGCAGAUGUCGAAGAAGAGGAAGGAGACGACGACGAUUUUGGAGACUUUUCUAGCAACAGUUUCCAAUCUAGUGAAGCUGCAACAAUGGUGGCGGAUAGUUCUUCACCUACAAAACCUUCCAACAACCAUCACCCCCCAGACUCUGGAGUAAUAAGGAUGAGUAGUGUUGACUCGGAGGAUUUUGCUAAUUUCACAGACAUGCCUUUCACAACGUCAGCAGCAUACCAUACCAACUUGAUGAGUCCUCGGUCUUCUGCAGAUUUCACUGCUGCAUUAGAAUCUAAGUUCGAUGCCUUGAUUAGAACCGUCAUUCCAAAACCCAGCCCUGACGAAGAAGAAGAAGAAGUAGUAGAACAAGACGAUGUUGAUCGUACUAAACCCCCACAACCAUCAAAAAUGGAGCAACCCUUUAUCCUGAUUGAGAAAGAGCUGUCCGACACGAAGGACUACUGUUGGGGACACACUAUUGAUUUCGAAGAUAGUCGAUCCCUUCUGCAUAAAUGGGUCAACAGCUCUUGUCAACAGAAAUUGUAUGGCAGCCUUAAAAUCGAUACGAGCACAAUCGUGUAUACUGAGAAAUGGGGUGCAAUUGAAGUUCCCCGUUUUGCAGCUAGCAUGGUGGAAACGCCACUCCUUCAGCCCCAAGUGGUCAAGAUGACCGAGUCACCGGAACGAAGAAAUUCCUCUUCGUCAAGAGAAGCACUUCUAUGGGAUGAUUACUGCACUAGCAUUUACACAAAUUACAAUCCUGUGGUAGUUCCGAACGGCAAACCGCUCAGCAUUGAAGCUCAACAAAUUAUCCAAAAGAUUCCAGAUAUUUCCUACAUGACGUCAAAAACGUUAGUGUUUCCGCAAGUAGCAGCCUCGUCGUCGUCCUCCUCCUCCAAUUCCUUCUUAUAGGUAUAUUAUUAUUUAAAGUAGAUAUGAUACGUAAAGUUUGAAUGACAGCAAAUGGUAAAUGUUUUAUGUAGACGCGGGUCGACUAGUCAUUUAUCUAUCAUGAGUAUCAUGUUAUCAUUAGCUAACACGCGUUUGUUGAAGAACAGGUCAGAAUGUGAAAUAGAAAGAACCAAUAGAACAAACAGAGUAUACACAUUCCCAAGUGACGCAAUACUAAUAAUAACGAACGAACGAAAACUCAUCAGUUCAUUUUAAAUAAUACCCAUACUUAAUUUAAAACUAACCUGUUGUUAAAGGUUGUGAUUGUGAUAAUGCCAAAUAAAUCUAUACGCGAGUGAUAAUAUUAUAAAAGAUCGAACUAUGUAUGCUGCGAGUAAGUGAAUAAAGAAACGCAGCUCUUUAUCUCUACACAAACAAACAGCCUUUCUCUCACAAAUUUAUUCACACACACCACACACACGAAUCUCACACUAAGGUAAAUAAUAAUAUAAUUAUACAAACGGUUAACUUUCAUACAAUAAUUUUGUUUUUCCUUUGGACUGUAAAAUGCUUAGAAAUUCAAUAUCCUUAUUAUCAUGACAAAAGUACUCUUUGUUUUUGGGAUAAAUGCUGAUUGAUAAAGGUUA